UAGAAUAGAACCUGGUUCUAAUUUUGGUUACAAAAUAACCGGAGCAACAAUGACUUUUGUUAAAUCAAAUAUGCUUUUAGAUUUAUUAUUUUCAAAAAGGCUAGCUUUUCCGAAUUGGAAGGGCUAUAAUGGAAAAUGGCGUAUGUAUUCUGCAAAAUUCAAGAGGCAUAAAGUUCAGGUAGGAGACCCCUUGCCAAAUGUGUAUCUUUAUGAAGGAAAUCCUGGAAAUGCAAUCUCUGCUGUAGACCUGUAUAAAGGCAAAAAAGGUGUUUUGUUUGGUGUAGUGGGUGCUUUCACUCCAGGCUGUACUAAUUCUCACAUACCAGACUACCUUUCCCUUCAUGAAAAGUUCAAGGAAGAAGGUUACAUGAUCUCUUGUGUUUCUGUGAAUGAUCCUUUUGUAAUGGAUGCCUGGGGCAAGAGUACACAUGCUGAUGGAAAGAUAAGAAUGUUAGCAGAUCCAAGAGGGGAGUUCACAAUAGCUCUAGGUAUGGACCUAGACUGUAAACAAAUUAUGGGUGGCAUCCGAUCACAGAAAUACUCCUUGGUGAUAGAAGAUGGUAAAAUUCAAAGCAUCAAUGUUGAUCCUGAGCACACAGGCUUGGCAUGCCUGUUGUGUAUAAAGAACAUGCGAGCCUCUGAUUCACCAGUUCCCAAGAGAUGAUGAAAAUCUGACUAAUAUUUGUUGCUCAUGUUGUGACCUCCAAAAACAUUUUGUUUUUGAUUUAGUAUAGAAUUUAACCUAUUGUUUGUUCUCAACAUUUUUUUCCCCUGGAAAUGUAAAUAUAUAAAAGCAUACCUAAGUUGAUAUUUUUUUACACUUAUGCCUAAGGCUAUCUUAAGACUUGUUUAUAUCAUCAAAAGAUUUUUCUGUAAAAAAAAACAACAAUGCUGAGUACUGACAGUGAAUGUUGUUGGUGAUGUGGUUGUUUUUUUUAAUUACAUUAAUUUAAAUACAGUACUUUGUAUUUUGGUGUUUUCUUGCCAGUAGUAGCUUUUUGUUUAGAAGUCACUCAAGAAUAGUUUCCUACUAAAUGUAUACUUCUAUCAAUUUAUUUUUUUUACAAAAUUUGAAAAAUAUGUUAUUUAAGUCUGUGGACUAGAUGUUGAAAGUUUUAUUACAAUACAUGAUUUUAGUAUAAAAUUGUAAUAUUUCCCACAGUACUAUCUUAAUUUCAUUUUGUUUCUAAAACAACAUUCAAAUGUAAAAUGUCUACAUUUGUUUUGUAACUAAAUUGGUAAAUAGGCUUGAUCUGUAAAUAUUGCACUAGUCAGUCAUUUAGUUCUAAACUUUUCAUGUAUAGAGGAGUUGUAAAAAAAAAUGUCUGUUCAUAUGAAUGUGUUCUCUUUAAUGGUUAAUAUAUUAAUCAGGUUUAGUUUUUUUUUCAUGUCAUUUUUAAUCAAUGGAAAUCAAUUAUUAACUUAAGAAAAAAAAACACAAUUUUCAAAAAUGUAUUUUUCAAUAUUAGUAUAUUUGUUUCUUUCUGUAAGCUGAUAACUCUAUGUGUAUAUUAUUUUAUUUCAUGAUAUAUUUGAUUGAAAAAAACACAUCUUAAAUCUCAAUCAUGGGUAUAUUAUUUAAUGUACUUUAUACUGGUUCAUAGGCCUUAUAUGACCCUGAUCAUGCAAGAAAAGGAAAAUAUGUUUAAAAUACCAUCUUGCAAUAUUCCUAAAUGUUAAUGAUUGGGUUUCAUACACUUUAAACUUAACAUGCUUAAGUCUUGCUUAACAAUCUCAUUUUCUUAAUGGGUUUCCUUGUAAAAAAAAAUUAUAAAAAAUAGUACAGUAUUUCUAAUUGUAUGUUGAAUCUCAUACUGUUUAAUAUUCUGAAAAGUAGAAAUCACUUUGGCUGCUAUUUGAUUAUGAAUGAUUCUUAGAACUUUAAAUGAUGAUAUAUAAAGAUAUAAAUACUUUUCAACAAUAAAAGAAUAAUUACCUUCUAGGAAAA